GGAAAGCUCGAUUCCGUAUCGAAAACAUCUAUUAAUCUCUAGCCCCGGUGCGCGUUCAGCAGAAAAGAAAUUUCAGCAAGGGGUGUCGGAUAACGUUCGGUUGCUGUUGCAAGGCUUGAUCUGCAAGAAAGUACGAAAAUAUCUCGAUGAGGACCUCAAUCAAAAGCUAGCUGAGGUACAAACCAGAAGUCCGUUGACCGAAGCAAUUGAAGCAAAUGCUAUACGCUCUACGAGAUUAACAAGCGGUUCAGGUGGAAUCACCUUGGGUAGUAUUAUGGGAAAGAGCUUCUCUAAAGAUUUCUACAUCGACUUCAGACUGCGAGAAGAUCCACACUGCAGUCUGAAUACGGUUGAUCUCGCCUGCGCGGGAGAGAUUUCUUACAAAGGCGAGGGUGGAACACCGUUUGGACCACCGCCUAUUCAGUGGUUAAAUCCACAGACGGAUUCACAUAUGAUUAUGCUCCAGAUCUCUGACUAUUUGCCAAACUCGCUCUUCUAUCAUGCUCACAAGUUCGUCGAUAGAAAUAUCCAAAUUAUUUCUUUAACUAAAAAAAAGAUCCAUUAUUGCAAAGUACCUGAGAGAUUCUUGAUUUAAAU